UCUGUUCACAGUUUUAGCGCUUCAGAGUUUGAUACUUCAAGAAGCGACGAACCGAACCUUUUCUUUAGAUUUCAUUUUCAACUACCUUUUAGUUCAUUGAUCUCCUUUCAAUAUCAAAUCUAACCGAACCAAUCACAUCUGCAAAAAUCGUUCUCUAGCGUACAAACUCUCUCUGAUAUCAUUUUCAGGAAGAGAAGCGAUUCUUGAUUGCAUUCAAGAUUCCAAAUUUCCGACCCUGUUUGUUUCUCGAGAAAAACCCAGUUUCGAAUCUCGAGGUUUUUCUCUUUUUGAGCUAUUAUAUACUUUGUAAAUAGUUAUCUUCUUUUGACUUUUGAGCUUCUACGCUUUUCUGGGGCUUUUGUGGGAUUUGAUUCAAAGUAUUAUGUCGUGAGCGAAGAUGGUGUCGUUCACUCGAAAGCGGAUGGUUUUGUUCGUGGUGUUGUUAUCACUUGUAUCUGGGUUGGUGCACCUUGCCAUCACAUGUAAUAAUAGGUUGAGGUUGCCUUGGGAGGUGGAGACUCCUAUAUACGCUAAGAGGCCGCGUCCUCUAUGGAGGUUUUACCAGUGGGAGCCUGUGAGGUCUUUAGAGCCUUUGAGGCCUUAUGCCAAUCCCAGAGGCAGCUAUCCUGUUCCAAGAGAAAAGAACAAUGGUUUCAUCUAUGCAAAAAUUUUUGGUGGCUUUGCAAAGAUAAGAUCUUCGAUCUGUGAUCUUGUCGCCAUAUCCAGGCUUCUCAAUGCUACUCUUGUCAUUCCAGAAAUCCAAGAAAGUACUCGAUCGAAACACAUUAGUCACAAAUUCAAAAGCUUUUCGUAUCUCUAUAACGAGGAUGAGUUCAUAGCAUCACUCUCAAAAGAUGUAAUCAUCGUGAAGAGCCUACCUGAGGAUUUGAAGGCCGCUAGAAAGAGGAAUGAGAUCCCUACAUUUAAGCCAAAAGGUUUUGCUUCUCCAAAUUUUUAUAUGAAAGAAGUUCUGCCAGAGCUUAAGAAAGUAAAGGCUAUUGGCCUGGUUAUUACGGACGGAGGAUGCCUGCAGUCAAUGCUCCCACCCAGCAUGUCUGAGUUUCAAAGGCUUAGAUGCAGAGUUGCCUUCCAUGCUCUUCAAUUUCGCCCAGAAAUUCAGAAGCUUGGUCGACUGAUAAUAAAGAAGCAUCGUGAAAUGCACAAACCUUUCAUAGCAUAUCAUCCUGGACUUACUAGAGAGACGUUGGCAUAUCAUGGCUGUGCAGAACUCUUUCAGGAUGUGCACACUGAACUCAUACAGUACCGAAGAGCGCAAAUGAUCAAACAAGGAAUUGUCAAUGACGAACUUAGUGUAGACUCCCACUUUCGACGAGAUAAUGGCUCAUGUCCCCUGCUGCCAGAAGAGGUUGGCCUUCUCCUUCGAGCUAUGGGCUACGAUCCUCAAACAAAUAUAUAUAUAGCAGGUGCUGAAACUUUUGGUGGUCAACGUGUCUUGAUACCUUUGCUUGCCAUGUUUGAAAAUGCGAGGGAUCGUACUUUCCAUGCUAAUACUGAGUUGCCUGAUUUGGUUGGUCCUGAAACUCGUAUUCCUUCAAAUAAUUUUCAACCAUCUCCAGUCAAAAGUGAAAAGCAACUCAAAGAAGAGUGGAACAGGGCAGGUCCUCGUCCUCGGCCCCUUCCCCCACCUCCGGCCCGACCUAUUUACCAACAUGAAAAAGAAGGGUGGUAUGGUUGGAUUACAGAAACUGACACUGAACCGGACCCUUCACCUAUGGAUUUGAGGCAGCAAGCACACAGGUUGCUUUGGGACGCUCUUGAUUACAUUGUUUCCGUAGAAGCAGAUGCAUUCUUUCCUGGUUUUCAUAAUGAUGGUAGUGGAUGGCCAGAUUUCUCAAAUUUGGUCAUGGGACAUCGGCUGUAUGAGGGUGCUGCUUCCAGAACAUAUCGACCAGAUAGGAAAGUUCUUCAAGAGUUUUUCAACAUGAUCCGCGAUGAUCUGUACCAUCCCAAGCAUAAUUGGACACGUAAAGUAAAGGAGCAUCUUUGGAAAAGCAUGGCUGAGGAAGGCCUUAUCAGGGAAUCUCUGCUCUCAAAACCAACCUCGUUCCUGUCACACCCUGUGCCUGAAUGCUCUUGUAGAGUUCCAUCUGAAGAUUCACAUCAGGUAAAAGGUGAUGAUGGUCGAUUUCUCUACGGAGGUGAGAUUGAUUGCCCUGAAUGGAUGCCGCGUAAGCCAGAAACUUUUACCAUUUGGCAGACUGUAGAACUGGCAAAACUUGAGAAUAAUGGAUCAGCAGAUUAUGAAAGUCCUGUGGUUGAACAGCCAGAAUCUGAUGACACUGGUGACAAAAGCAGCACGACGUCGGCUUUUGAUCAGGAUGAUGAAUGGGAUCCUAACGACUAGAAUAUAAUGUGCAGAAGAUACAGUUUUCUAAAACUAAAGCUCCGUCCGUAUCAAGAGAUGCCUUCUGGAAUGAAUUUUUUUGGGGAGGAAAAAUUUUUGAUUUCUUUUACAUUACAGUUGCAGCUUACUUCUUUGCGGGAAAUAAUAUUCAGAUUUAUUCUUUUGAGUAGAUUUAAGGAAAAUUCUAGGCACAGUAGAAAAAUAUUUGUAUACCUUCAUACACGGCGGGACUUGGUGGACAUGAAACAGUACAGAGGUUCGAUACAGUUGGAAGUUGAAACAAGGUGAAACAUAGAUUCUCUCUCU